AUGGGAUUUUCCAGAGUAAUAAUGGAAUUGCCUCUUUUGAGCUUCAUCUUUUUGUGCAUGUUAUUUGCUGUUCCUUCUUGUAGUAGAUAUUACACGGCUCCGAGCGUCCCACGUUUGACGGAUCUCGUUCCUCGUGUCUCAACAGAUCAAUGCUUUGCUAAGAUUUUUGGGGCCUCGAAUAUCCAACUGAGGAAUAAUGGGUCCUCUGUCGAUCUCACUCUCGACAAAGUUUCUGGCGCUGGUUUGGUCUCAAGAAACAAAUAUCAUUAUGGAUUCUUCAGUGCUUCAAUCAAGCUUCCAUCAGGUCUCACUUCAGGGGUUGUAGUGGCUUUUUAUUUGUCGAAUGCAGAUGUUUAUCCCCAUUCACAUGACGAGAUCGACAUAGAGCUAUUGGGGCAUGACAAGAGAAAAGAUUGGGUUAUUCAAACAAAUAUUUAUGCCAAUGGAAGCGUUAAGACUGGAAGAGAAGAGAAAUUCUACCUUUGGUUUGAUCCCAGCGUGAAGUACCAUGAUUACACCAUCAUUUGGAACAACUAUCAUACAGUGUUUCUGGUGGAUAACGUUCCAGUCAGAGAGCUGCGAAAUUCUGAAGUGUUCUAUCCAUCAAAGCCUAUGUCAGUUUUCGUCACAAUAUGGGAUGGUUCAGAAUGGGCAACUCAUGGAGGAAAAUACCCAGUUGACUACAAGCAUGCACCAUAUACAGCUUCUUUUGAAGAAAUGGAAAUCAAUGGAGGUAUAUUAACACCAACAGCAACUGUUCCUUCAGGUUCCAAAGCCAACGUAUCGGGCCCAGAUACCGUAGAGGGUCCAGAAUUUAUCGAGCUAUCGCAGCAGCAAGUAGAUGCAAUGGAUUGGGCAAGGAGGAAGCUCAUGUUCUACUCCUAUUGCAAAGAUACAUCUCGAUACAAAGUUCUACCACCAGAGUGCAAAUAGAUGUAUUUUUCCUAUUUAUACUUGUUAAGAUUCUUUCAUCAUAAAUUCUAAGUUAGGAAUAAAACGGGUAUUGUAAUCUGGUAUAGAGGAAUCAUUAGGGAACCUCCAAAGUAAGACAUGGAUGAAAAGCGAAGGAAGAUGUUUGUCUUUGUGCC